UACACUCUUCUCUGGCCUGACAGGGACCCAAAGCUCAUGUUCAGAGCUUCUGGUGUAUGGCUCUGCAUUUCAGCAAAAUUUCCCCAGAAAUCAUGAUAAGAAUGGGUUUGAGAAAUAGUGCCAACAUUUCCUAUUCAAGGGCUUUGUUUGCUGAGAGCUUCCACAGGCUGUUGUCUACUCAGACUUCAGGGAAGCUACAAGACAAGGUUGCACUUAUCACUGGAGCAGCUAGUGGAAUAGGAAAGGCCACAGCCACCAAAUUUAUCAAUAAUGGAGCUAAGGUUAUUAUUGCUGAUAUUAAUCAACAGCUUGGUGAGGAGACGGCAAAAGAACUAGGAUCUAAUGCCACUUUCAUAACAUGUGAUGUCACUCAAGAGUCAGACAUAUCCAAUGCUGUUGAAUUUGCCAUUUCUAAACACAAACAACUUGAUAUCAUGUACAACAAUGCAGGGGUAGCCUGCAAAAGUCCUCUGAGCAUCGUUGACCUGGACAUGGCCUUGUUUGACAAAAUCAUGGACAUAAAUGUUCGUGGUGCUGUGGCAGGUAUCAAACAUGCAGCACGUGUGAUGAUCCCACGUGGAAGUGGGUCUAUUCUGUGCACAGCAAGUGUCACAGGUGUGAUGGGAGGUCUGGCUCAGCACACUUACUCAAUAUCUAAGUCUGCAGUCGUAGGCAUUGUUAAAUCUCUGGCUUCUGAGUUAUGCAGGCAUGGAAUCCGAGUCAAUUGCAUAUCACCUUUUGCCAUCCCAACACCUUUUGCUCUGGAAGAAAUGAGUCAGAUAUAUUCUCAUGUUGAUAGUCAGAGACAUGUGGAUAUUAUUCACAAUUCUAGUGUCCUAAAGGGUGUCUAUUGUGAACCCGAUGAUGUUGCUAAUGCUGCACUUUUUCUUGCGUCCAAUGAUGCCAAGUAUGUCAGUGGACACAACUUGGUUGUCGAUGGGGGUUUCACAUCUUUUAAGAAUUUGGACUUUCCUGCACCAGAUCAAGUGAAGUAGAACUUUGUUCAAAUUAUAUUUAGAUAAAGGUAACAAUGAUGGAAAACCAUCUUGCAAUUUCAAAUUUUUAAUAAAAAAUUCAGUGAGAGUGAGUCAAUUUCAUUUAUUUCAGUACUCUUCUAAAUACAUCCAAGUUUAGCGUUUGAGUGGCGACCCCAAAUGAUAUCAGUUUCACACCCAAAAAGGAUGGGAAACCCAUGCAAGCAUCAUGAGCCAGUUCAAAUGCUUUGAGGCACCCUAAAUAAACAUGCUAUCAUAAGUGAUACUUUUUGUAGUUCUGUAUUUUCAUUCAAAAGGAAUUAGAGAUAGAAAAGCGUUGUAGUGGGAGUUUCUGUUGAAUCAGUCCUGUGUAUGGCUGAACCAGUCAUUUCAGGCCCUUCAUUACCUAGUGAUACAAGAAUAAAACCUUUCAUGUUUACCUUCAGUUUUUAACAUUAUAAGAGAUGCUAUAGCCGUAGUCAACUUUGAAA